CACGGCCGAUGAUGUUUCCUGUUUGAUUGAAAGAUUUACUGCUGAAGAUCUUGCAUCUCCCAUGCAGAGGGAUCAGGUCACCCUGUAACCACUGGUGUAAUCUAUAUGCACACAUCAAAAGCUCAGUUCACAGAACCCUGGGAACUUUUGAUUUGUUCUCCAGUCUCCGAGGGAUGUUUCCAGAGAAGGUCUAAUUUGGUAUUAUGAAACUUUGCGACAAUCAAAACUCUUGCUAAUUUGGAGCUGGCUCCAGCUCUCUGCUUGACCUUGCCUUUGAGAUAGGCAGAAAACUCCAAACAGAGGCAAUCACACAAGAAGACACGUCUGAAGUAUGAUCUGUGCUGAACAAAAGACAGUAUCAUUUUCAAAGAAUAAACAGCGUGUGGAAAAACACCGUUUGAAAGAAAUCACGCUACCAGGGGGACAUUCCGUCUAACUCUCAGAGAACAAAGCUACUGAGCUGAAACUUGAGCUUCAAUCAAACCAUUCCACUUUUUGUAACAUAGCUCCUUCUGGCCCAAGGAGGUGUCUCCCGUCCCCCGGGGCUGUGGGCGGCCCGAGGGGUGCCUGCCCGUGUCGGGGACACGCGGGGGGCCGCAGGGGUGUCGGUAUCGGAGCGACGGGCGCUAUUUAAUGGGGGCGGGCGCGGAGCGGGGGCGCUGCCGCCGCAUCUCCGGAGGGAUGCACGGCUUCGUGCCGCCCGCUGAGCCCCCUCCGCACGGCCAGCAGCUGCCGGACGCGUGUCCCGGCAUCUACCAGCCCCCAACCAACCCCUACCUGUGGCUCGGCGGCCCCUACCUGCCGCCGGGGUGCGCCCCCGCGGGUGCGGAGCGGGGCUGGCAGCCGCUCCCCCCACCGCAGGAGAGCCCUCGCCCCGCCAGACCGCCCUACUCGUACUCGGCGCUGAUCGCCAUGGCCAUCCACAGCGCGCCGCGCCGCCGCCGCACCCUCAGCCAGAUCUACCAGUUCGUGGCCGAGAACUUCCCCUUCUACAGGAAGAGCAAAGCGGGCUGGCAGAACUCCAUCCGCCACAACCUCUCCCUCAACGACUGCUUCAAGAAGGUCCCGCGCGACGAGGACGACCCGGGCAAAGGCAACUACUGGACCCUCGACCCCAACUGCGAGAAAAUGUUCGAUAAUGGCAAUUUUAGGAGGAGGAGGAAGAGACGGUCCGAGGCUGGUGUACCUGAGGAGGCUGCGGGGAGCAGCGGGGUGCAGAGGGUGUCCUGCCCCACCGGGCUGCGGGGUCCCCCUGGCCCUGGAACCCCCCUCUAUGGCUGCGCUGGGGUCCAGGCAUGACAAGAGCUCCCCAGGAUGCACUAAUGCACGAGAGAGGAAUAUUUUUGUAACACCUAAAUGUACAUUUUUUUAUAUGAUCUAUAAAUACAGAGAGGUGCAGGAAGGAUGGGUGUGGGCUGGGAGCUGAGAGAAGCCAUUGGGGCUGGCCACAGGUGCUGCUUUUCCUCCUUUUCCAUACUGUCUUUUCCCACCAAAACCUUGGAAGGGUUAUAACCUCCUGCCAUGUGAGUUCCAGGUUGGCUUUCUCAUCUUUUCAUGGCCAAGAGCAAAGCAGAGCUCCCUCCAGGAUGUCCCCUGGAGGAGGAGAGCCCCUGCCAGCCACGGCCCUCCUGGGUUAGGGGGUGAAAGAGCUGGGUUUGUAGCCUGGACCUUCCUGGGAAGCCAGCAGAGAGUCUGGGGUGCAGGAAGGAACAAAGGGACGUGCCCUCCCUUCUGGGCCCUGCUCCCAGGGCAGGCCGGGCUGAGGCAGGAGGGGGGCACCCAGCCCUGCCAUCUUCUGAAGCAUUCCUGAAUAAAACCCCUUUAUUUUUCCAAACACAUAAGAUCAUCUUUGUGUCAGCCUACAGAGCUGAUGAUAAUUUGUACGAAGAAUUUCAGAUUUAAUCGAGCAUCCAAAAUUAAGCUGGAUCCCCACUGAAGAGCUCUUUAAUUACUGGUUUUCCUGCUAAGUGCCUUGACGAUGGCUUGUGGGGAGCUGGUGGCCCGUGGUGUGGGUGCCCGGAUGGAGCCUGGGCUCUGUACCUCAGUGCCACAGCACCCACACAUUCACUGGCUUCCCGGGGCACCUGCUUUUUGAGACUGCCUUGGGAAACUCCCCUCUGAUUUAUCCACAGCCUCCUCACAUACAUGGGAUUUCUCCAUUUUUUAUGAAGCUUUGCAAAAAUGCAGUGUGGCACAAAUGAACUGCAGCCAUGGAAGUUACAUGGGGGCAUUUAAUUAAAUACAUCAAAUGAAGUAUUGGCCACCUCUACUUGCUUAUUAAUACUUGGUGCAUGUUCCCUGCUUUUGUUUUCCAGUCAUUUUUUUUGAAGGUACUUUAGUUUGAAAACAAAAUUGUCAGCUAUGUAGUCUGUUGUCUUUCCUUUCUCCAGCCUGCUCUUCCUCACUUAUGACAAAAAUACAGUUUUCUUAGAUAAAAUCCUAAAAAUAUUAUUGUUGUUUACGAGAAAACUACCCAAAACAGAAACAUGUGUAAUGCAAACCUUUUGUGCAUUAUAAUGGAACCAUAAAGCAAGUUUGAAACAAAAGCCAAAACAUAAACAAACUAUCUAAGAACCUAAAAUGUGUUCGAGAGCCAAGUCCCUGAAGGCGUGGAAGAAUCAGCUGUACAAGCAAAGCUUUUCAGGCCCAAAAUUGUAAUAAAUAGUAUUACAAACUAUCUGGUUUGCAAAUACCCAACUUUAGCAGAUCUGGAAUGAAGGAAAGAGCAAACUGAACUCAUCAGCCAAUAUCCCAUGGAGGUUUAUGUAGACAAAUUUGUUUUUUUAUUAAACUUCUAUUUGAGAAGAAGCUUCAUACAAGAAAAAUCACAUUUUAUAGAAGAAAAAUUAGCUAUUCUGAAAUGACUUUAAAACCAUUUCAGAUACAAUCUCUUUGUUCAUGUUAUUAUUUUCCAGGGCUAUCGCAAAGAGGACAUUUCAAUUAUAAACCCUGUUUCCUUUUUAAAGUGAGUAAAACCUGUUCAAGGUUUCAAGCUCUUGUUUCAGUUGCAUAAUUGUUAGCUACAACUUUAAAGGAUGCAGGGAAAGUUAUUUCCGCAAUUAGUUGCACCCUUUUUUCCAUGUAGCUGAGGGCUGUGGUAAGAAGGUCAUGUAGAGAGUGAUGAGGGGAGAUAGACCUGUCAUUUUCCACUCAAAAGAAAAGGGUGUUGAUUAAUUUCUUGGUGAAUAUAGCUGUGUGAUUCAGUUGGCAUUCAAAUUUUAAAGGCUGUCUUUGGAUGGUGAAAUUCAUUUGCCAAGGAGCAGGCACACACUUUUAAACAGGAAGGAUGGAAGUCUUGCCUUGUGAGAGCCGAUGGACCCUUCCCAAGACACAGUGAAGACACUCACCUCGGAGCUGGGAAACAAAUUAUUUCUUUCAACUUGUAGUUUCUUCUGCUGCAGGAUUCAAAGUUCUUGAUCCAGCCACACAGUCUGAAUUCCAUAUUUUCACCUUGAGACUAUUUGCCCUGGGACAAUGUGACAUUGCAGAACUCUGAAUAUGCAGCAAAACACAAAGAGGAGAACCCUGAAUGGCUGCAGGUGUUUCAGGUUUUCCCAGAAUCACCUUUGUUAGCUGCUCAGCUGGGUUCUGCAUUGGGGAAGCCCAUGGAUAGCUCAGUGGAAGGACCACAGUACACCAUCAGAACUUUUCUUCAGGGACUGUUUAAGAUGUUGACUGAAUGUGUGCAUGGAGACCAUCACUUUUAUAGCUUUGUGUUUCUCUUGUAAUCUAAUUCUAUUUUUGUGUGUUGGAAAGAAAGGGAGAAUUUUUUAAAUAAAUCAAAUUGGAGCAGAGAAGUUGCAAUACCGCUAAGCAGAAAUACUGCUUGAGUGAAGAACUGCAUCAGGUAAGGAGUAUCUGGGGUAACUGGGCAGCUACACACUUUAGUGAAAAAGGAUGAUAGGAUGCUGUGAUGGGGUGUGAUGCUGUGGUCCACACUUGCUUGAGCUGGACUCCCGUGGAAGCCCAGAAACAGUCUCAUCUAGUUCUCAGAGAACAAAUUCUGGAGACUGCUCCCCCAUGUCUGCUUUGCUGAGCUGUGACACCCCCAGCACCCAGCAGCACAGUGGGACUCACUAGGCUGCAGCCUUGCCCUUACACUGCCCCAAGCUCCAUCCCCAGCCCCACUGGGCACGCCUGCAGCAAGGUGAGAUCGGUUGAUGCUGGAGGCUUAGGGCAAGUCAUGAUGCAGGAAAUUAGGGACCUCUGAGCAAAUGACCUGGCUACUGCCUUCCAGUCGUUCUAGAGCAACAUGUUUGCCUAUAUAUGACAGAGAAGGGACUGCUCAAUAAUCGUAAAUCCUCUUUUUGGGACCAGAGAGUGAUAUACAGCUUGUAAGGUUAAGCCAUGGCUAGUGGGGUUACCAGAUAAUGUGCUGAACAUUUAAUUCUUGGACUUUAGUUUUCAGCCAUGCAUCACUUGUUUGUCAUCCCUGGCAGUUUUUUCUCACGAAAACAUGUUGGACGAUGCUUGGGGAGUACAUAAUGACCUCUGGCUCAUAAGGGUGCAAGGGAUUUUAGUUGCGUGCAAAUACUGCUGGUGAGGUGUCUGCUGAGUUAACUUGGAGGAAUGGAAAAGUCCGAUGAGUAAGUUUCCAAAAACACGUAUGGUCUGUCCCUGCAGUUCUCACUGUGUAAGCAGGGAAAGACAGACAAUAAUUGAAAAAGAGGGAUGGAUUUCUUAAGAAAUUAAUCUUUGAAACAUUUUACUGGUCUUAAUACUUUAUAUUUUAGUCUCAGUUGUAUUUUAAUCUAAUUGGAAAAGCACUAAUUCUCUAUUUUGAGAGUUAUUAUUACUUAUGAGGAGUCCAUAAUAAAUGCAAACAGGAUGUGAUAAAUCAAAUUUAUUUCUAUUUUUUAUUUAAUUUCCCAUCAGCUCUGAUACUUGCAUGCAAUUCAUCCUUGCUAAGCAUUAUGGUUUCCCCAUGCUUUACUGUAUUAUGACAUUACUUUGCAGGAUUGUUUUAUUAGCAAAACAGAACUAUCAAAUGUUAUAUAGCUGUACUGUAUGGGUAAAACUGAUACAUAAGCCAAUUUUUCACAUUCUAGUCACUGCCUUGGAGUCAAUAGGGCACGAGCUGAAGGGAGAGCAAGGCUUAUGUACUCUUUAUGUAAAAAUAAAAGAAAAAUCAUCCUUUUCAAUAGGUUCCCUGUUGUAUAGAAAUUCCUGCUGCAGGACACGGCACUUCUAGUUCUGGUAGCAUCAGAGAAAAAUACGUGGCCAAAUAUACAGUGGAAGCAGGUCAGGUUUGAAUGGCUCAUGUUGUAACCUGUAGCGAUUCAUUGCCAUCUAUACAGUCUGCUUCGUCAGGCUUGUGCUGACUCCCUCUGAGCACCAAGCAACAAAGCGCUGCUGCUACACGUAAAGAUUCACAUAACGCCAGCCCCUCUCCCUGUGCUUGCAGGUAGCAUCCAGUGCAGCAGUCACAUCCCAGCCCUGAGCACCUUCCUGAUAAUGGUCCUGGAUUUUACUGCCUUUGGGGGGGAAUUAAUGCCCCGCAGGGAUGGCAAAGAAUGCUGCAUAAAUGAUGCAAGGCUACAAACCCCUGUGUGAAUCCAGGCUGCUCGCCCCUGGUCUUGAUGCUCAGGUCUGGAAUUUCACGUGGGCACCCAGAUUUGGCAAGGCCAGCUGCCCAUCCCACCGUUAGGCUGAGGAUGCUUGGGAGAUACUGAGUUAUUCUGAAUCAUAUUGUGAGCUGAGUCAAAGAGUGAGCCACCAGUU